AUGUUGCAAGCAACGAUUACUAGUACCCUUCCAAACAAGCUGACCUGCGCUCAAGUUCCUAUCGGUGAUUGGAGCAUUGUUUCUUAUGACAGGAAUCGGAGCGAACCCUCAGCACGAUUAGCUGUGGUGCCGAAAUCCCCUACAGCUGUGCACUUCGAUGUGGAAUCGAAAGCGUUAGGUGGUGGAAAAUUUCGAGACCUGGUGAAAUUUAAUCCGACUAAACCGGGGCCAAAUCUGUUGGAUGUCUACUAUGGUGGGGAUAAAGUGGAUGAGAUCUACUAUGAGGUAGGACUUGAAGCUUUCAAUAUAUGUUGAUG